ACUCCCUGCCUCAGAGCCUGGAUGACCUCUUCCAGAAUAUCCUGGCGUCGAUGCGCGACAUGCGGACGACCUGGGCAUUUGCCCUGCUCCAGAUGGACCCAUAUUUUACUCGCAAUUGCACUUUUUCCCGGCGGGAAACAGCCCGGAUGAUCUCCGGGCACGAUUGAUCAAGGUCAAGGACAUGAUUAACCGCCAUUGCCAUGGCCUGCUCGAGAUCCACGCGAAACAAAUAGACAGAACCCUCGUGGUCGUUUUUACCCACCGGUCCGCCUUCGAUUACCUCUCCCAGAACGCGGACCUCGUUGCCGGAUUUGCCGCCUUCCCCAAGGGGCACGAUGCGUUCGAUGCCUUGUGUCAGACGAUGCUGGCUGAUCUCUGUGCCACGUUGACACCCUCCUGCCAGGAAGAUCUCCCGCGGGUGGAUCUGCAUAUUUCUUGUCCGUGGGGGUGUACGGCGAUGGACUCGAGCAUGACGCAGUCUGCCCGCGACUUCUACGUGAUUUUCAAGGACACCGUAAUUCUGUUGGACACGUUUGUGGCGCAGCAGAUCCCUCCGCAGCGGCCGGAACGACUCUUUGGGUUUCUGGCCUCCGUGGCUCGCAUCAUCGGCGCCGCCCUGCCCGAGGACUACGACCUCAAUCUGUGGCUGGACUGUCGGCUGGUCGGCAAACCGCGGGCUUCCCCGCUGCUGCUCCGCAACGAGGACACCACUGACUGGACUCCAGACCCUGGUCUUCGCAGACCGAUCCGUUUGAUGUUUCCUUCCGUAUUUCCCGUUCUGGCGGCGUACAGCGGGAUCCCUUGGCGCGGCAGCGAUCUUCUUCCUCUUCUCCCAGCCGGAGAAGGCUCCGCGAGCUGGCUGACGCGAAGCGUGCCCUUCAGCGCGCUCACCCUCAACGCCAUUGGGUCGGCCCGAAGACAACUCCCCCGCGCGGCCGCGGGAUUCAUCGAGCUCCUGGGCCUGUACUGGCGACAUGGUUUGUCGCUGGACCAGCCAAGCGGCGAAGAGGUGAUUGCGGGGACGGCCCGGGACCUGACGCACUGGGAGUUUUUCCUCGUCGAGGCCCUCGGCAUGGGCACCGCGUGGCAUGAGAAGCAGCGGCUGCUGCCGCUCUUUGCCCUCUUCCUGUGGCAUGGUGGGGACCCACGGGUGGAGUUGGAGGUCCAGCUCGACGACCAGGCCUACAAGUGGGCCAGUGCGCCGCACGGCCCGCCGGUUGUUUUGGACCUCGUCCCAUCCACAGGUGGCUAUCACGACCCUUGCGUUUCUGUUGAGAAUAUUCUCACCGGUAGUCUUUCGGAUGAUUGCCCCAGUGGUCUCUCUGAUGGUUCCCUGGAUGGUCCCUCUAAUGGUGGGUUAGGUGGUCUCAUCGGUGGCCCCUCCGAGGAUUCCUCAAAUAGUCUCCCCGGUGGUCCUCCGGAUGGUCCCUUGGGUGGUCUGUUUGGUGAUCUCACCAGUGGUUCCCCCGAUAGUUCUUCUAAUGGUCUGUUUGGUGUUCCCCCCGAUGGUCCCACUAGUGUUCUGUUUGGUAGUCCCACCAGUGGUCCCCCGACGGCUCCCCAAGAUGCUCCUUUUGGUGCAUGGCCCGCGGAAGUUGGCAGGAUCUUCUUAAGUUCCCUGACAUUGACAGUGGGAAGGGGCAAGAAGAAUAUCGAACUGGUGUACGAUCUGGAUCAUCUUCCCGGGGCCCGCGCAAUGAAGCCGCUUCGAGAUCGGAUGGGAAAUGCGUUUUCCCUUCGUGAGCUCAUCACGGCUCUGUUCCCGGCCAAGGCGGCGGCCACCCUUCACAAGCUGGUCGAUUCGCCUCUCGCCGAUCUCUCGCCCGCAGACCGAGCGUCAAGGAUGCAUGAGUUGGAACCAGAGGUCCGAGCCUUGUUGUGUCUCGAGACCAUUGAGGAUGCGUUUGGCAGUUGAUCAGAGUGAGUUUGUUUGGGCUUUAGGACAAAUGGCGGGAGAGCCUUAUUCCAGGCGAGGGAGUUUCAUCUUUUUUUUCUUCAUGUAUCUCCUUCUUACC